AUGUUCUUCCCAAAAACGUACAGAAAAGGUGCUGAAAAGUGCUUUGACACCACAUCCAAGGACUUUGUGGAGGACUAUCUCAAAUACAGUGUGGGGUGGACACUGACAGGGUUCUGCUUGCCCUUUCUGGUCACGGUGGGCUGUUACACUCAUGUGGUGGUGAAGCUGUGUGGAUCUGCAAACACAGACCGACAGCUGAAAAGGAGGAGUCUGCGGCUGUUGCUGGUCCUGAUGCUGCUCUUCUCUGUGUGUUACAUCCCCUACCACGUCCUCCGCAGCCUCAACCUGUGCUCCAGAGUGCUGUCCAAGAGAAAGCAGUGCCACAGCUGGUCUCACUCUGUCUAUGUGGCGCAUCAGGUCAGCCGUGGCCUGGUGUGUCUGAACUCUGCCCUGAACCCGCUGGUGUACCUGCAUGUGAGUGAGCAGCUGUCCUCGGGCCUCCGGGCGCUCAUGGGACGAACGCGGCGGGUCCUGCACAGCCACAAAAUGUCUUCUGUAGCUGCAAGCACUCCACUGCAGGCUCCAGCCCUGUGUGAUGCGCCAGGACACGUCACAGACCAGAUGUAG